AUGGGCCAUCCAGAAGGGACUACUGAAAAUGUACAAGUGAAGAACGGAGAAGAUGGAUCGUCGUCGUUUGAUCAGCACGUCAUCGUGAUGAGGCACGGCGACAGGAUUGACAACUUCGAGCCCUUGUGGGUCAGCAAGGCUUCCCGUCCCUGGGACCCGCCGUUGACCCAAGACGGCAAAGACCGGGCCUUUUCCCGUGGCCGGAAGUUCCGUAACCACCUCCCUUUCCCCAUCCACCGCCUCUUCGUUUCCCCCUUCCUCCGUUGCCUCCAGACUGCCGCCGAAGUCAUCCACGGCCUCUGCGCCGUCAACGACGACGAUCCCAACGCCACCUCCUCCGCCGCCAUCACCAUUGAUCCCUCCAAAAUCAAGGUUUCUGUGGAGUAUGGAUUGUGUGAAAUGUUGAACGAUAUUGCAAUUAGACCUCAAGUAGUUCCUAAGGAUUUGGACUUUGCUUUUGACAUCUCUGAGUGUGAAGCUGUUUUACCUGCUGGAACCAUAGACCAUAGUGUGGAGCGGAUUGUAAAACAGAUGCCACAGUGGGGAGAGACGGCAUCAGAUUGUCAUGCUAGAUAUGCACGCGUCAUAAAAGCACUUGCGGAUAAAUACCCCUCUGAGAAUUUAUUGCUGGUUACCCAUGGGGAAGGAGUUGGUUCCUCAGUUUCUUCAUUUUCAGAGGAGACUGUAUUUUCAGCUGACUACUGUUGUUAUUCACGCAUGAGUAGACCUAUAUUUGUUACUGAAGAUAAGUCCUAUACUGCCGGAGAUUUUAAGGUCAACAUACUGGAGGGUGAAAAUGGCCUUUCUUACUUUGGGGGUGCUUAUCAGCCAGAGUCUGCUUAG